UCCUUCUUUCAGGGGAGGAGUGAUACAGUGGGAGGUGCAAACUUCAUCAACCGACAUUAAAUCGAAAGCAAAGUUGAUGAGGAAAUAGAACAAAUCUCACGCGUAGCCAUAUUGUCCUGUCGUGCACCUGUACUCUUUGACUCCAUUUAAAGAACUUUACGGACAGUUUUUAUUUGUCCUUAAGGUAAAACGUCUGCUCAGUCAUGCCGAAAGCAUCAUGUGUGAAAAUCAGCAGAGCGAACGCGGAGAAGGUGGAAAACUUCCGCCAGUCCCUGUAUCAGGAGGCAGAUGUUUUGUUCUCCAACUACAUCCCAAAUAAGAUUGCACAGCUGGAUGCCUUGAAGAGGGAUGACGCCCUCAGUAUCACAGACAUGUCCUCUCUCAAGGCUCCCCUGGACAUCCCCAUCCCGGACCCUCCUUCCCCAGAGGAUGAGGAAAUGGAGACGGAUAAGAAUGAAGAGGAAGAGAAGAAAAAAAAGAAAGCUCCUAAAUGUGGCUUCAUCAAGGGGAAUGAGAAGAUUAUGAUUCUCCUGGAGAGGGUGAAACCAGAGAUUGUUGCUCUUAGAGAGACCAUCAUCACUGUCACCUGCUGGAUUCAGCACCUCAUCCCAAAAAUAGAGGAUGGAAAUGACUUUGGGGUUGCAGUGCAGGAGAAAAUCUUGGAGAGAAUCGCUGCAGUGAAGACCAAAGUUGACGGUUUUCAGACCAACAUCAACAAGUACUUUUCAGAGAGAGGAGAUGCUGUUGGAAAGGCUUCCAAAGACACUCAUGUGAUGGACUACCGCAGGCUGGUCAGCGAGAAGGACGAGGACAUGUACUCUGAGAUCAAAGUGAUUGUUCUCGACAUUCGCGGCUUCUACGCCGAGCUUUACGACAUCAUCAACAAGAAUCUGGAGAAGGUGACCAAUCCAAAGGGAGAGGAGAAACCGUCCAUGUACUGAGGCUGGUUGUGGUGGGGGUGACAUACUACAAUUCAUUUGUUGCUCCUCUAAUAAUAAUCAUCUCUCUGUACAGUAAUGCUUCAUGUGCAUUACUAAAUUUAGCUUACCCUUCUUAAAGGAUAUCAAUAAAAGUUUUAUCUCUGAUCUGCGAUGACUCUUUAGUUUUGUACCGACACUUGUUCUUAAGUUGUACUACAAAUGAAAAACGAAAUAAAGAAAUCUUGGGUUUUUUUCUAA